AUGGUUCAAUGGCGUGACAGCAAUGAGGAAUGUCUAGCUGGCUUUCUCCGCCACUGGGUCUGUGUACUUGGCGUGGAAGAUUUACCAUCCAUAUCAAAGUAUCCGCAUAUUUUAGUGAAUAAGAUGAUGCCUUCAUUUGACUAUGGAGCCAUAGCUUGCGUUUCUGAACUCCUUUUCAAUCGAACUCAUCUUGGACAGGAUCAAGAGUUUUUCAAUCGCUCCUAUUACGAAAAUCUUCCAGCCGUUCGAUUCCACAAUCAAUUUAAGCACUACGGAGCUGCGCUCGACUGUCAAAGCUUAUAUAAAAGUAGCACGCAAUUGUUUCGAAGUUGA